AUGGCGGCUGCUCAGGCGACCGUCUCGCAUAUCACCAACCGUGACACAACAACAGACACCACCCCCACCUUUACCGACUGCAGCGAUGAGGAUCAGGAAUACACCUGCCCUCACUGCAGUUCUGUGGUGAGGUACCUGACUAAUUUACCUUUGACAAUUUAGUCCCAUUUCCUUUGACCGCAUUGCUUGUUUGAAUGUGACGAGAAACGACACACCUGUACAACCCGCCUUGCUAGCGUGUUCUGCUGUGGUAUUAUGUUGUCAGUUUUUCUUAACGUUCAAAAAUCUCUAUAUUAUUCACUGCUCCGAUUUACUUGCUGCAUUUAAGGCUAGGGGCUCGUGAGAUAUAACUCGUUAUUUCGUGAGAACAUUACGAUUUACGACAUUGGUGACUCCCGACGUUUACGCAUACUUUAUAGCUUUCUGUCAUACUGGAUAACAUUUAACGUACUAUUUGCUUGUGAAUAUCUAUUCCAUUUACAUUUACUUUCCUCACGAAUUCUGAUAUUUUGACAUCUCUGUCAUAUUAUGUCUCACUCCGAUCAAAAACUUGAUGCCCCCGCCCAGUCCCUUCAUGCAAUCAAUUUUACUUUGCCUGAAUUAUGGCAACACGCUCCAGAACUUUACUUCAUCCGCAUAGAAUCAGUCUUUUAUUCUGCCAACGUUACAAAGGAGCUAGCAAAAUACCACAAACUCGUGGAGGUCCGCCCGCUAGUGUCAUCUCUCAAGUUCAGUCCUUGCUAGCUAAUCCUCCUGCAGAUGCUCCCUACUCCGCGUUAAAGGCAGAAAUCCUCCGACUUAAUUCUGUGUCUGACCGACAGAGGUAUCACCAGUUAAUAAAGGAGGAGUCACUGGGUGACCGGAAGCCCUCAGAGCUUCUACGUCGGAUGCGUUGUCUCCUUGGAGACAUGCAAGUUGAUGAUAAAUUUGUCAAGGAGAUGUUCCUGGAGCGCCUGCCCACAGAUGUUCAAACGAUCCUGGCGUCCGGCUCUCAGGAUCUCACAGUGUCACAGUUGGCUGAGAUGGCGGAUCGAAUGAUAGAGGUGAAACGAUUCCAGUCACCUUCCGUUGCCCAGAUCUCCUCCUCAUCGUCAGUGAAUGAGCAUUUACUAAAACAGGUGUCGGCCAUGGUAGAUGAGAUGGCCUCUCUUAAAAUACAGCUCGCCCGCCUAACUUCCAGUCGCUCACGCAGUCGUCGUCGUUCUCGUUCGCGACCUCAGACUGCUGAUACUUGCUGGUACCACACUAAUUUCGGCGUAAAGGCCCGUCGCUGUUCCUCACCUUGCUCUUUUAAGCCAAAACAGGGAAACCAGUCAGCCAGAGAAUAG